UAGUGGUACUGGGUGUGGAUUUAAUGUAUUGGCUUCAUAUCGCAAUAUGAAAUGCAACAAAAAAGAAAAGUCCCACAUUAGGCUGAUUCACCCUAAAGCCUUUAUUUUGAAGUACUUAACCGGAAGUUGAGCAGACGCUGCUGGGGACUUGGUGCUUCCACUGACUUCAAUAACGGGACGUGUCUUCAGAGCGGUCCUCCCUCUGCAAUGCCUCUUGUCCUGUGAGGACACCGUCUGAGAGAGUCAACUCACUGCAGCUCGAGUCUCAUGUCAUCGCUGGACUUGAUGACAAAAGAGUGUUUCACAUCUGGGACCCUGUCCUCGGCUUCACUCAAAACAAGGUUCAUAAAGAAGAGGAGGGUCGCUCCGAGGGCGCAGCAGGAUGCGGACAGCGACUGUCAGCUGUGCAGGUGUUCCAUAUUUUCCCUGUCUGGCAGUAGUCGCACUGUUCGUCGGAUUUUGACAGCCUGCGUCCUCUCUUUCCUGGCCCUCGUGGGCUCCGUAUCCAUCGACCUCAGCUCCAACUUUGACCUGCUGCACACUACAGAGGCCGCUUACGACGAGCUUACUUCAUGCAGGACGAUAGCCAUCCUGCAACUCGUCAGUAAGCUUCAAAGGAUGAGACGUUUAUUUACCAAAGACAUGGGCAAUGAGACAUUGGAGGCAAGUUUUUCAGACGUUGUGUUUCCUGUGUUUGGUCAUCUCUGUGAUGAAAUGGCAGGUCACAGCAACGGCCAUGGGCUCCCUUGUAGUGUUGAGUUGGCUGGAUUUUGCCAGGAGAUGAGGUGGAGCCUUCAAGGAUUUCUAAAUGCUUCAUUGGAUACAAAUGGCACAAGUGAGAACGGUACUUCUGCUUACUCCCUGGCCAUCGGAAGACUUCUUGACAUCUGGGGUACAGUAGAAGAUACUUUAGUCAAAGUCAAACAGAAUUCUAACUGGAGAGAUGUACUGUCUGCAAGACUUCUGAUCAAAUUCAUAGAGCUCAACCACCAGUUGAUGGACUUCCCCCGCAUGGCAAUUCACCCUGACUUCCAGUACAAGUGGACUUAUGUACUAAGCUACCUCGGCUUUGCCAGGGUUAUGACAGAACGACUGAAUGACUGCUGGUUAGAGAACAUAGACCUCAAGUUAAACUCAAGUCAGCAUGUAAAACAUUCUUAUAUUUUUGGCACAAGUCUGUGGCAGAUCUCUGGAGCAGGGACAGAGCUUCUGUCUGGGUCUCACGCUGGAAUUCAUUCUCUGACAAACACUCAGCAGUGCUUGUUUGAUCGUGCGGUGCCGGCUCUUAGGUUGGCGUCUCGAUCCGUGUCUUCGGGCCUCAGCAUGAGGGUCUGCCUGCUGGCCAUAGCCUGCCUUAUCUACCCGGUGGUGAUGUUCUCAUUCAAGCAGAUGACUGAGUGGAUACAGAACUACGCCAAGAGCUUGAAGGAAAAGACAGAGGACCUGAAGCGCCAGAGGCAAUUGGCUGAGGAUCUGCUGCACCAAAUGCUGCCCAAGUCAGUCGCCAAGCAGCUCCGCCAGCAUAAACAUGUCGAGGCAGAGAGCUAUGAAAAGGUGACCAUUUUUUUCUCAGACAUCGUGGGCUUCACCUCUAUCUCUGCGUCCUGUGCUCCUCUUCAAGUGGUGGAGAUGCUCAACAACCUCUACAUGUGCUUUGACACACGCAUUGACUCCUACAACGUCUACAAGGUGGAGACGAUAGGGGAUGCAUACAUGGUGGUGAGCGGUCUGCCUGAGAGGAACGGAGAUAGACAUGCUGAUGAGAUCGCCAAGAUGGCGCUGGAUCUGGUAGCAGCCGUCAGACAGGUCUCCAUCCCUCACAUGCCCAACCAGAGGCUGCAGCUCCGAGCCGGUAUCCAUACAGGUCCAUGUGUGGCAGGGAUAGUGGGCUACAAGAUGCCAAGAUACUGUCUGUUUGGAGAUACUGUCAACACAGCCUCUAGAAUGGAGUCAACCAGCCUGCCUCAGAAAAUCCACGCCAGUUCAGAAACCUACUUGGCUCUGAUCAAAGACAACGCCUACGAGCUGCAGCUUCGUGGAGAGAUUGAGGUUAAGGGUAAAGGCAAAAUGAACACAUACUGGUUGGUUGGCCACAAGAACUACAGUGUGCAGAAUGACAGUCUGGUUUGCCACUGGAAUCCCAACAGGAAGAAGAAGACGGUGGCCGGCAGUGACGUGUCUGUGGGCAAUUCAUCAGUGACAGUGCAGAGCCUCAGUGAGAACGCCACCACCCCAGUCUCCCUUCCCUCCUCAGUGUUGAACCGAACCCCUACACAGCCUCGGACAGACAAGCCUGGCCUGAGCGUGGCAGCUCAGGUGGAGACUUAUGGCGGCAGCUACGGUACCCUGGGCUCCAUGAUUGGGGGGCUGCAGGGAGGAGAUGAGAGCCCUCUACCCAGCCAGCGUAGGAGCAGCAGGGGGCGCAAACCUGACCUGCUGCCUGACCUCCAACUACCACAUGUAAUCAGCUCAGGACUUCAGUUACCAUUGGAACAUCAAUCAACCAAGGGGAAUGACAGAGAUUAGUUUGUAGUAGAUAGUUGAAUAAUAAUGUGAUUACUUAAGGAAUAUUCCAGUUCACAUGCUUAUUUGCUUUCUGAAUUGUGAAACAUUUGAGUUGGAAAAACUAUUAUAUAUAUAAUUUGUUUUGAGUCAAAGCUGAUAUAAUAGCUUACCUUUUUGGAGUUGUAGUGAUUUUUUUUUCUGUGGUAUGUAUGUAUUUAUGUUUGUAUAUUUUAUGCAUAUAAUGUAUGUUUACUUGUAUGUAUUCUGUUUACUUUUUGUCACUGUAAAGCACUGUGUCUUAAAUGUGAAGUAUAAAUAAAGUUAAUUCCUUCCUUUUGUUCCUUAUUUGAUAAAAUUGUGACUUUUGUAGGAUGUUGCAUUUAUUUUUACUUUAUUGCUUCAGCCAAGACUUUUACUUAUUUUUUUAGCAACAAUGUAUGAAAUAAUGAAAUAAAAUUGUGAAAAUAAUGUGAAAGGUGUCUAUAGUGUUGAACCUCCUGAGAAUGAUCAGCUGAAUCUGCAACUCCUCUCGGCUUUAUGGAGCUAUACAGUGAGCUGUAAAUCACUAGUAUCAGGUGGGCUGCUGUAACGCAGUUAUGUUGCAUGUGGAUAAGAGUGAAAUCUACAAGUCUUGAAUCUGGAAGUCCAGUUUCGUAGUAACAAAUGACCAAUGCUACUAACUAUAAACUAUAGAAAUGUUUUCAAAAAGCACAUUUGUUUUAACUGUGCAGUUAAAUUGCAUCCGUCACAGGAAAUGUUGUUAAACUUUGUUUUACUUUGUUGGUCGAGGGAAGAUGGAUGAAUCUGUCUCUAAUUCAUCCUUUAACAAAUUAAAAAUAAUGCAUUAAUGCUGCAAAAAUAAAUGAACAAUGUUUCCAUAGAGAAGUAAAGGCCUUUGAUAACUGCACACAAAGAAAGUGUGAAUUGACUUCUUUAAGUGUCCCUCCUUCACUGCAUUUACUGCACUGAACUGUACGAUGUUCCUAUGGAGUUUAUUAUCUCUAAAUUUGACUAUGUCACGUCACGCAACUCUUCUCCCUUACGCCAUGCUUUUUUCACCAAAUGUUUUCACCUAUCUUGCCUUCACCCUGAUGAUUUAUGGAAGAUUUGAAAUGCCUAAAUUAA